AUGACUGCAACUCAUGAUAUUCACGAUGAGACUGGGAGUGGGGUUAUAAGCUUGAUUCCAAAGAAUUUGAGGUUUAGAACCAUUUCAGCAGGUGGAUUCCAUGUUUGUGAUGUUUUAAUGGCCUCUGCUUCAAGGUUUGAUACUAGCAUCACUGUUCCUGCAAAUACUAGAGUUUUGGCUCUUGAAGCUGGUGAUUACUUCACCUGUGGAGUUUUGGCCUCUGCAACCUUACAGCCAGCUUGCUGGGGUUCGAGCUUUCCAACCUAUUUGCCCAUGGCUAUCGGUGGGUUGGAGCCGCAACAAGAUGUGUUCAACAACUUCACUAACAGACAUGGUAGUUUCAAGGACACUCUAAAAUUGCAAGGCUUCGAAGGGAUCUUGAGCCUGUACGAAGCCUCACACCUUGCUCUCCAAGGAGAAGACAUAUUGGAUGAAGCCAAGGCCUUUGCCAUACAGUACUUAGAGUCUGUCAUGGCUCAAAACAUGAAUACAGGCCUCCGGGAGUGAAUAAGGUAUGCCUUGGAGCUUCCCUUGCACAGAAGGAUGGUGGGGAUGGUGGCUAUGCACUGCAUAGAUGAGUCUGAGAGGGGUGAUGCGACGACCCAUCCAACUAUACUUGAAUUGGCUAAGCUGAACUUCAACAUGGUGCAAUCCCAACAUAAGAGAGAUCUUAAGGAGGUCACAAGGUGGUGGAAUAACCUUGGCCUUGUUGAUAAGCUAACUUUCGCCCGUGAUCGGCUGGUGGAAUGUUUCAUAAUUGCAUCGGUGAUUGGUUAUGAACUUGAAUUUUCAAGGUGUAGGAAGGAGAUCACAAAGGUUUACACUCUUUUGACAGUGAUAGAUGAUGUAUAUGAUGUGUAUGGAUCACUGGAUGAACUCGAGCUCUUUACUAAGGCAGUGGACAGAUGGGACCUGAAGGCCAUGGAUACACUUCCAGAGUACAUGAAGAUUUGUUACUUAGCCCUAUACAAUACUGCUAAGCAGAUGUGGGGAGGCCUAUGCAAGGCUUACUUGCAGGAAGCAGAGUGGUUUCACACUGGACAUAGACCAACACUAGAACAAUACCUAAGAAAUGGAUGGACAUCAAUAUCAGGCCCUGUUGUUUUGUUUCAUGCUUAUUUUUUCAUAGUGAAGGAGUUCAAGAUAGAGGCUGUAAAUUGUUUGGAGAAUGAAUCAAGCAUUGUUUACUGGUCUUCCAUGAUCCAAAGACUUUGCAAUGAUAUGGGAACUAGUAAGGAGGACCGAAAUAGUGUCAUCCGAUGUCAUUGCCAGUCAUUUUGGCCGGAACUUGGUUUGAUCUCUGAUGAGCCUGUCGGCCGUUGA